GUUCCAACAGUGUUGUGCGCAUCUAUUAGAUCAGUGGAAAUGCGCAGAGGUGUUGCUGCCGCGCAGGCGACGGCGGCCGCGUGUGUGUGGGCGGGGCGGCGCAGCCUCCACCGCCACCACAGCCCCGACCGAACCUUCUCCCAGGAGAUUCAAGAUCGGCAAAAUGCGUUCCGGUGGUCCAAUCGGCACGUCUUCCGUCCGCACCAGCACUUCAGCUACGACCCAUCGAACUGGAGUCGCACGUUGGAGGCGAAGGCGCUGCAGCAGCACACGCUCUCUCUUGUAGAGCGGGUGAAACGCACGCAGGAGCACGCGGCGGAGCGUCGUGCAAACGGAGCGGCGAUGCAGCAGAUGUCUGAAUGUGCCUCGGAGCCGCCGACGGACCCCUGCGUGACGACCACCGACGACGACGACGUGCCUUCGUACUUCUUCUCCUCGACCGACACGACGGCACCAUCCACGAGCCCACCAUCAGACGACGUCGCCGCGCCGCACAACUCGUGGGAGGCGGUGUCGUUACAAGAGCUCGUCGAUGAGCUGCAACGCCUGCAGCAGCUUCUCUACAGCCGCCGAUACGCCGCCAACGCGUCCCUCGCUCGACGCACUCGCCAGGAAGAGGAGCAUCGAAUCAUUUUGCUGCAUCUUCUCGAGCGGCUGAGCGGGGCCGUCCUGGAGGAGACGGUCACCGUCGACGCCUGCGCCUUUGGCUGGUUUACGCUGCUUCGACACGUGGAACCUCUCGUGGAUGCGAUGGUGAGUGCCGCUCAACCAAUGGUCACAACGCAGGAGGCCGUGCAACGCGUCUUCGUCGCUCUUCAACAGGGCCUGCUGCUCCCUAUGACGGAGGGGGGUGUAGUGUAUACGAGUGCCGCCGGGGGUGCGUUGUCGCUCGAGGCGCUCGUCGAACUGCUGAGCGUCGCCGCCAGCCCUUUUGUGCGCAACUGCAGUGACAUUUUUCACGUGCCCGCCGUGCCUCGCAUCGCCCUCGAGGCCUACGCCGAGUGGAUUUCAACGGCGGCUCAUCAACGGGCACGGGAGGCGGACGAUGACGAUGCAGAGGGGAGUUCAGCGCUGCGAGAGUGGGUGGCUCCGACCCACCUGGAGGCGUGGGCGACCGCGCUGCGGCACCUACACCAUCGGGGUUCAGCGGUGGGCCACUUAUGGCCAGGGUUGAGCCUGCACGUGGAGCACGCCGCCCUCUACGUCACGCGUACGCUGAAGAGCGUCACCGGCGUUAACCUCCGCGGACGUGUGAAGGAGAGCCUGCAGCGCAGCGUGCGGCCGUCUGCGCAGCGAGCUUCGCCGGAGGAGGAUGAGGAGGCAUCGGGCGAGCCCGCACGGGUGCGGGAGCCGAAGGCAGUCGUACUGGAUGCCACCGCCCCACCACGUGGUGUGCAGGUCGCACCGACGGCGUGCGAUGACGUGUCACGUGUGCUGGCAGCUUCGACGGCAGCACUGCAAAUCGUUUCUGAACUCGACGGUGAUGUGGCGGCCGUCUCCGACGAAAGGAUGCUGCGGCCCGUGACGUCGUGUUUGCUGAUGACGGCGCAGGCACCGAACUACGACUUAGAGGGCGGCGUGGUGGUGCAGUGGGCGUGCACGCUACUGCACACUGGAGCGUUGAUGCUGGCCACUUCAGAUACCACUACCGACGCCGCGGACAACGAAAGCCGCUGUGGAGUGCAUGAAGCCCUGCAGAGAGGAGGAGAAGACGGAGUGCGCCUGUCGUUGCGCUUCGUUUUGCUCUUGUCUCGCCUGUCCUUUCACGAUGUUGUGGAUCGACCCGCUCUGGGUCGGCUCGCUCUCCUCCUCUCCCAGUGGCCGCUGCCUGCGUGCAGCGCUGCAAAGGAAAGGGCGGAGUGGCGACGGCUGCGCGGGCUCGUCAUGAAGGCUUUGCUGGACCGAUUGACGUGUGAAGACUUGGCUGCGGCGGCCGCGAAGGUGGAUGGUGUGUCGACGUGGGUCGAGACGCUCGCGUUUGGCGAGUAUGACGGCGUGGUGCCGCUGGAGCUGUGGCGGGCGGCCUGCCAGCAGUGGCUGCCCUCACACAACUCUCCUAUCUCCACACCGUCGGCUGCCUCCUCGUCCUCUGUGCCGCCUGCGUGCUCACCGGACGUGGCGCACGCGCUCUUGCUGCUCUGUGCGCGCUACAUCGCUCGAGAGGAGGCCAGCAACGUAUCUGCGGUGGCGAACCUUCACAGCCUUCCUAUCGCGGAGCGUGUGGCCGAGGGUGUGCAGGUGUUUCUUCACGGCAGGCCAGGGACGACGACUGCGCUGCUGCAAUCUGCGGACACCUGGGAUGCAAUCCAGAAUGAGAUGCCGGCGACGCUGCACGCAUUAAUAGGCGCAAUGCAGGCAGUAGUGCGGCGAGAAGCGGCACAGGCCAAGGUGAUGCACUUCUGA